AUAGCGCGCCAUGUCGCCAACUCGCAUCGGUUCUAAAGUGGUUGGUGAAAUUUGAGUGAACGGUGAUUUUUGCUAAAAUGUUUUGUAAAUAAAUUGGCUCGUUUUUCGAUAUAGGUUCGAUCUGUUUUUCGAUUCGAUUUUAAAUUGUUUAGAGAUUCGGAGUUGGCGUCUUCUUCAUGAUGGCUGCAGGUGUCGGCAUAUGUGGUAUGUGCUGUCGGCCGAUAAAUGACAGAUUCCUGAUGCGAAUCAUGGACGUUUCCUACCACGAGCAAUGCGUUCAAUGUUGCGCCUGUGGAGAUCGAUUACAUCACACCUGUUUUGUCAGAGAUUCAAAGCUAUAUUGUCGAUUAGAUUACGAUAGAAUAUUCAUAAAGAAAUGCUUGGGUUGUUCCGAAAGGGUGUCUCCAGAUGAACUUGUUAUGCGAGCAAGUGACAGCAUUUUUCAUCUCAGAUGUUUUAUAUGCGUAGUCUGUGGUAUCAGGUUACAAAAAGGCGAUCUAUAUGUCAUAAAACAAGGACAGUUAUUUUGCAGAAUAGACUAUGAGAAAGAAGUAGAAAUGAUGCAAGGAUAUGGAUACGGUAUGGUCAUAGCAAGUACAAAUCAAAUAGAAUUAGGUGAAUUCAUUUGCGACGACAUAAUACAGUCCAGUAGAUCCCACGACGGAAGAAGAGGUCCUAAAAGACCGCGAACUAUUUUGACGACCCAACAAAGAAGAGCUUUCAAAGCUUCUUUCGAAGUCAGUCCUAAGCCCUGCCGAAAGGUUAGAGAAGCCCUAGCCAAAGAUACAGGUCUGAGUGUUAGAAUAGUGCAGGUUUGGUUUCAAAAUCAAAGAGCAAAAAUGAAGAAAAUACAGAAAAAAGCGAGACAAGAUAAUAAAGGAGGAAAGGAUACUGACACCGAUGAUAAAAAACUAAAUGUGAAAGAAGAAGAACCCAGUCCCCAUUCCACGCCGUUCUUCAAUGACAGCUGUAGUGACACUGAAACAACUACAGGUGAAGAAAGUACUAUACAAGGGCAGGAAAAUGCCCAUUUCUCUAAUAUUAAAGAAGAAAUUGAAAACGAAACCUAUUUCUACAAAAGCAAUAACAAUAUUCCUUUACAUUCAUUUCAAGGUUUAGACCUAAAACGCAGAGACAACAACUUCUUAGGACUUCAGUUUUCCAAUUCUGUGGACUCCAGCCCGUCUUCAAUGUUUCUGCAGCCUCCUCUUGCUCAUCAGAACCCACCUCAUUCUCAACCCGGUCUCAACCCCAUAGAUCGUUUGUACUCAAUGCAGACAUCUUAUUUUUGUGGGGAGGACUCAAUGGAACCCUGAAAAGAAAUUUUAAAUGAAUUGGUGAGGAAGCACUUAGAAAUAUUUGCAAAAUUUUCUACCACGCCAAAGGAAGAUUGAAAUAUUUGACAUAAAGGAAUUAAUUCAAAUAAAAAUAGACAUAAUUAUUUAAAGGAAAUACACUAAAUAUUUUGUUAUAAACAUCAUAAGCUGCAGGUAAUGGCAUUGUUACCGAAACUUUUGUAAAAAAAUGUAAAUAAAUAAACUAAUAUAUUCUAGUUUAAGAAAAUGUGAAGGAAUUGGUGUUAAAACAACAUAAAAAUACGUAAUGUUUUUUUUUCUAACAAUCUCUAACAAUUCAGUCAUGGCUUAAAUAAGAAAUGGUUUUGAUAGUUAAAAAUAUUUAUUGUGUAAAUUAUGUAAAAUAUAAUAUGUGUAUCUAAAAAAUAUAUACAUUUUUUAACCAUUCCUGAGCACUUGUCAUCUGAUCAAAAAAACGACGUCACAAGAAGAUUAUUUUUAUAAAUUAAUUUGAACUUCAUUAAGUUUCUUUCUGACGUUCUUGUCAAAAAGUUAAAGCCUUGAUUAUGUAUAAAAUAUAAACUAGGCCUAUUGUGACACGGUUUUAUUUGACCAUGUGGUAUAUUAAAAAAAGGUAUUCCAUUUUAUAAUAAAAUGUUAAGUUAAAGUUUCAAAUUCUUACCAGUUGUAUAUAUGAAUGUUAUAUUGCUUUUAUAUUUAUUAAGAUAUAAGACUGAUAUUCAAAUUUAAUCUUAUAUUACUGAAAAAUGUAAAUAAGUAAAAUAUAAUAAUUAUCAUAUGAGGCUAUAGCUUAAUUGUAUCUUUAAUAUAGGUAUA